AUGGAUGCGGAGGAUAUAGAAAAUACAGAUGAAGAAAAGAAAAAACAAGAAGAAUUAAAUUUAAAACUUUUACAGGCAAUAAAAAAUGCGGAUAUAAUAUUAGUAAAUCAACUUAUACAAGAAGGAGCAGAUAUUUGGUAUAGAGAUGAUCAGGUUUAUGAUUAUUUACUUGAAGAAGGUUGUAGAGCUGAAUUGAUAUUUGAUGGUAAAAAAUUAUUAGAUUCUGAAAAUAAUGGAGUAAUGAUGGGAUGGGAACAAUUAUUAAUGGAAAAACAUGCAGAAAUUCUUUGUUUACGAGAAAAUCUUAUUGAAAAUAAUGAAAUUGACGAAACAAAUGAAACCAAUGAAAUUAACCAAAUUAAUGAAAUUAACGAAAUUAAUGAAAAUGUCAUCGAACUCAACAUUUUAAAUAUAGGAUUUGGAUUAGGAUUAAUUGAUUCAGCCAUACAAAAAUAUAAACCAACAUUACAUACAAUAAUUGAAGCACAUCCUGAUGUAUAUAAAUUUAUGAUAGAACAAGGUUGGGAUAAGAAACCUGGAGUGAAAAUAAUAUUUGGUAAAUGGCAAGAAGUUUUAAUUAAUAAUAAUAAUCAAUUAUUGGAAGAAGAAGGUGAAGAACAAGUUCUUUAUGAUGGAAUAUUUUUUGAUACAUUUGGAGAAUAUUAUAAAGAUUUAAAAGAAUUUAAUGAAGAAGUUGUGAUUAAUUAUCUUAAACCCAAUGGAAUUUAUUCAUUCUUUAAUGGAUUAGGAGCCACGAAUUCAUUUUUUCAUGAUGUUUAUUGUAAAAUAGUUGAAAUGCAUUUAGCCGAAUUAGGAUUAGAAAUUAAUUUUAUUGAAAUUCCACUUGAUGAAAUAUUUAAUGAUGAGAAAGAAUGUGAAAGAAUAUGGGAAGGUGUUAAAAGACGUUAUUGGAAUUUAAAUUUAUAUCGUUUACCAAUAUGUAAAUUUAUGAUAUAA